AUGAGUCCCGCCAAGACGUGCGUCGUGCUCACGUCUUCCAUGGUCUCCAUUACCGAGCAAAAGUACGAAAUUGGCCACCUCAAGCAGCUGCUCGAUGGGAACAAGAUUACGUAUACGGAAGUAGACUGCAGUCUCGAGGAGAACCGGGAGACGCGGGACCGCUACUUUGAGGCCAGCGGCAUUCGUGCCAACUAUCCACAGGUGUUUCUACAGGACUCGGAAGGCAAGAAGAUCCAGUACAUUGGCUCGUUCAAGGAAAUUCAAGAGCUGAACGAGAUGAACGAUGUGCCGCCAGAGAUUCUCAAGGCCAACAACAUCCAGACGCUCAAAAGCGUCUUUGCUGACGUGUUGAAACGAGCUUGA